AUGGAGAGCUCAGGAUCAGGAAAUAUGACGAUAUUGAUCCCGAAAAAUACGCAGCCAGUACAACUGAGCGAGUCUUUUGGAGGUCCUCAUGGCAAACAGUUCUCCGACCAACUCGCUGUGAGUUCAGGUAUGACGAUCACAUCAGUCACGCUACGAGCUGGUGAGCGCUUGGAUGGGAUGACAGUGGAAGUAUCGGCUCCCAAGAAGAUGACAUUCACGCAUGGAGGACGUGGUGGCAAGGAGGACACUCUUGUACUAGAAGCUGGGGAGUAUAUUACAUCGUUCGAGGCUCAUUUGGGUAAAAAGCGAGGAGCUACGCGCGUCUUCUAUCUCAGUUUGAAAACGAGCAACGGGAGGUCGAUCUCGGGUGGAACUCAGACUGAAAUCAAGGGGUCAGCAGAAGCUCCCGAAGGCUUCCAGCUCGCUGGGUUCUUUGGUCGAUUUGGUGAUGAAAUCGACCUCAUCGGCGCUGUAUGGGCUAGCAUUGCUGCAGUCAACGAGACAGUUGCUGGUCCUGUUUCAGCUGACGAAGACAUCGCUCUCAGUGAACCUUACGGUGGUCCGCACGGCAACGCGUUCUCGGAUAUCCCUAAGCUUACUCUGGGCCAGUCGCUGGCUUCCAUUACGCUUCGGGGCGAAGAGCGUCUUGAUGCUGUAACCAUUCAAGUACUGGAACCUCAAGGCUUGAUAUACAACCACGGCGGACCUGGUGGAAAAGACAGCACGCUCGUUUUUGAAGCGGGUGAGUACGUCAACUCGAUGGAAGUUCAUUGGUGCAAGAACGACGGACGGACGCAAGUGUGCUACGUCAACUUCGGCACAAGUGAGGGGAAGAAUGUGUCUGUAGGAACUAAGACACAACAAAGCGCCACUGCAGUUGCCCCCAAGGGUUUCCAGCUUAGCGGUUUGUUCGGUCGUUCGGAAGACGAAGUGUAUCAACUAGGUGCUAUCUGGACGAGAAUUGAAGCCAAGCCGUUGUUGUUGACAGAUACCAUGGACACGGCUUGGCACGGAGACAUUAUCCGCAACUGGGUGGGCCCUACUAUCGGUGUUCCGAAGGAUAACGCGUGCUAUCGAAAAACCCAACCGAUGGACAGCAAGAAUGUCUGUCCUCUGGGCUACGGCAGGGACGACGACGACUGUAUCGUGCAAUGUCCGAUGUCGUAUCCCGUGGAGUGUUUUCUGGAAUGUAUUCCUCAAAAUGACGACUGCGCCUUGGCAGUUCUCACAAAAAUUGCGGCGGUGGCUAAUGUCGCGUUCAAUGCAGCGACUGCCGGUGUGUUGGGUAACCUCAAAACGGUGUACACGGGGGCCACGCGCAUCUACAUGUGCGCAGCGACCGUCAUUUCGGUAAUCAAGUCGCUCAUUUAUUACUUCCGGUUUGUGCAAAACACUGCGCCGCAAGGAGACACCGAGCAGUUGCUGGCCGUGGCGUAUCAAAGCAACGUGGUGCUGAUCGACUUGCCAGUUGCCAUUUACGCGUGUCUGGGCAAGGCUCCUCCGCCGAGAAUGGUGUGGUCGGGCUAUGUGCUGCAGGUCGUUCAAUUCAUCGUCAAGCAGACUAUUAUCAACGGUGAUAUGAUUAUCUCGUCUGCAACCAAUGUUAUUAACCUGCUCAAGAAUGCCACGUCCGUUAAUAGCACGGCAAACAGCGUGACGGAGUUGGAGGACUUUAUCGCGGCUAACACUUCCUGCGGUUAUGAGUUGAAGAAACUCACCGACCGAGUGAUCUUCAGAGUCAGCGACGUUAGAAACAAGACACCGAACGCCGCUGUGGAUGAUAUUCGCGUGACGAUCAGCAGGUCGACACUCGUGCAACACGAUAUCCCACGAGUGACAAAUAACUGCAUGAAGGAGAUGAUGGCCAACAAGACAAAACAAGCCGCCUUUGAGACUCGAGAUUUACUACGGAAGACCAUGGGGGUCAUCAUCGACCAGCUUGUCGAGAAAUCCAAGACGGAUAUGGGUAAGGAUGUGGCGGAAAACGAGUACAUGAAGGAAGUGGCCAACAUGGGGCUUGCUGUUCUGGGCGGCCUGGACCCGACUGGUAUUUUUUGGAUGGUGUCCCAGUUCGUUCAGCCCAUUUGCGUACCCACGUCUUUCAUCGGUGAAAUUGACGAUGGUAAUCUGUACGACGCGUUGGGGAUGUGGACAGUGGACGAAGCGUUUGUAGGCAGCUAUGGAUCGUGGACCAAGAAAGGAGACGGAGUGGUGAGUCUCAUCUUCGAAAGCACCGACAAAGAGGACUUCCCGGCCAUUUGGCCGACUGAAGUGUCGACGCUGAAGAAAUUCCAGUGGGCCUACUCGAUGGUCUCAUCACGUGCUUUCAAGGUCGCGGAUGCACCGGAGCCGACGCUGCUUCCGGUAAUUGACAUGGCCAACCACUCAGCGGAGAAUCCGGCUGCUCAUAUUGUCAAAACCGACUCGGGUAGCUUCCAGUUGGUUGCACUGCGUAAAGUUGAGAAUGGCGAACCUGUGACGAUAUCGUAUGGAAAUCUGUCCAACGCACAGCUCCUGUGUCGCUACGGCUUCGUGCUGCCUACGCUGGUGCCGUCCGACUCGAUUCACAUUACGAGUUCCGAGCUGACGAAUGCGUUCAAGGCCUUGAACAGCGAAUAUGAAGAUGAGGACGUGGACGACGAUGUCCCGCACGUUAGUACUGGCAAAGGCAAAGGAAAGGCUAAAGCAAACCCAGCAAAGCGUCGGAAAUUGGCCCACCCAGACAACGAUGAGAAUGCUCUGUUCUUCUCCUUAAAUGGAGACGCCGAGCAAGAGUUCGGACUUGGCGAUGCACUGCUGAGCUUCGUGAUGGCCUCCAACUUGUCUACUGAGCAACUCUACGAUGCUCUGGCCGCAGUUCUCCAAGAGAAGGACAAGCGGUACAGCGAUCUACUGUCUGAAUCUUCAGAAAAGGCCUCCUCUGAAGUGAAUGCCAUCCAUCAGCUUUGCCAGCAUGAACGCCAAGUCUGUCGCCGCAUUUUACUUGGACUGAUGUCACUAGAAGAAGGUUCGGAUUCUAGCGAAGAUGAGGAUUAAGUUUUCAGUAAAUCUAUCGUUUUAACUGAACAAUGG